GACCCGUGUUCUCGCUGUUUCCAUUCCACUUCAGCCGAACCUUUAACCGGAUCUGGGUCCAGGUCCGGUUCUGGUCCACUCUACGGGCUGAACGGCCGGUUAUGAAGCGUUUGGGUUUGCUGAGAUCAAAGUUUUAUUUAAAAAGCUUCAUAUAAUCCAGAAUCACCGAGAACCUGAGGUUUAAUCUCAGAGCUCCGAUGGCCCACCGUCCUCAGGACCCUGAAGGCAACACGCCGUCACGUGAUGGUUGGCUCAUCAUGGCGGCUCCCUUUGGACGGUUGCUACUCCUGACGCUCGUGCUGUUCUGCUGCGGUUCUGGUUGCGGUUCUGGUCUCAGGGCGGCGGAGGCUGAAGAGGCGGAGGACUGCAGACACCUGAGGCUGGGACAGUAUCUGUGCAGAGACCCGAAGAUCGAUGAAUCCACGCAGGAACCAGAGAACUGCCGGGACGGCGUGGCGUUUGUGGACUGUCUGCCCGCUCCGAACGUCACCUGCCGGCUGUCCAACGGAACCGAGGUCCGGUUCAGCGGAGAUGAGGUCGGCUUCAACAGAACCGUUGCCUGCAGGAACGUGACCGGAUAUUCCUACAAGGUUGCCGUGGCGCUGUCUCUGUUCCUGGGCUGGCUGGGAGCGGACCGGUUCUACCUGGGAUACCCGGCGCUCGGUCUGCUGAAGUUCUGCACCGUGGGGUUCUGUGGGAUCGGGACUCUGAUCGACUUCAUCCUGAUCGCCAUGCAGAUGGUGGGCCCGGCGGACGGGUCCAGUUACAUUGUGGAUUUCUACGGCGCCCGGCUGACCCGGCUCUCCAUCACCAACGAGACGUUCAGGAAGCCUCACCUGGCGCUCUGAUCACCGCCGGACCGGGCCGCGCAGCGUUCAGGUGGAAGAGGAGCGAAUGCAUCUUCAUCACCCGUCACAUUCCU